AUGUACAACUGUGUCAGUGAGGGCAUGUACCACUGUGUCAGUGAGGUCGUGUACCGCUGUGUCAGUAAGGGAGUAUACCGCUGUGUCAGUGAGGGCGUGUACCGCUGUGUCAGUGAGGGAGUAUACCACUGUGUCAGUGAGGGCGUGUACCGCUGUGUCAGUGAGGGCGUGUACUGCUGUGUCAGUGAGGGCGUGUACCGCUGUGUCAGUGAAGGAGUAUGCCACUGUGUCAGUGAGGGCGUGUACCGCUGUGUCAGUGAGGGCGUGUACCGCUGUGUCAUGAGGGCGUGUACCGCUGUGUCUGUGAGGGCUGACUGUUGUAUCAGUGAGGGCGUGUACCGCUGUGUCAGUGAGGGCGUGUACUGCUGUGUCAGUGAGGGCGUGUACUGCUGUGUCAGUGAGGGCGUGUACUGCUGUAUCAGUGAGGGCAUGUGCAGCUGUGUCAGUGAGGGCAUGUACCACUGUGUCAGUGAGGGAGUGUACCACUGUGUCAGUGAGGGCGUGUACCACUGUGUCAGUGAGGGAGUGUACUGCUGUGUCAGUGAGGGCGUGUACCGCUGUGUCAGUGAGGGCAUGUGA